UCAAGUUUGCACACCCAAUGCCACCAACACAGUAUGGUCUCAUUGUCAAUGCGUUUUAGCCGAUGGUGUUGAACGUGGUAUUUUAACUGCCAAUCGUAUGAUACCCGGUCCCAGUAUACAAGUGUGUGAAAAUGAUAAAGUUGUCAUCGAUGUUGAGAAUCAUAUGGAGGGUAUGGAAGUCACUAUUCAUUGGCACGGUAUCUGGCAACGUGGCUCACAGUAUUAUGAUGGUGUACCGUUUGUAACACAAUGUCCCAUUCAACAGGGUAAUACAUUCCGUUAUCAAUGGACCGGUAAUGCUGGUACUCACUUCUGGCACGCUCACACAGGUCUGCAAAAAUUAGACGGUCUCUAUGGCAGUAUUGUUGUAAGACAGCCACCAUCACGUGAUCCCAACUCUCAUCUGUAUGACUUUGAUUUGACCACUCAUAUUAUGUUGAUCAGUGAUUGGUUGCAUGAAGAUGCUGCCGAACGUUAUCCUGGUCGUUUAGCUGUCAAUACCGGUCAAGAUCCCGAAUCUCUAUUGAUCAAUGGUAAAGGUCAAUUCCGCGAUCCCAAUACUGGUUUCAUGACAAAUACCCCCUUGGAAAUAUUCACUAUUACACCUGGUCGCCGUUAUCGUUUCCGUAUGAUCAAUGCAUUCGCUUCGGUGUGUCCAGCACAAGUAACAAUUGAAGGUCAUGGUUUGACAGUUAUUGCUACAGAUGGUGAAGCAGUACAUCCGGUUGAUGUGAAUACGAUUAUAUCGUUCUCUGGUGAACGUUAUGAUUUUAUUAUAACAGCCGAUCAACCAGUUGGUGCUUAUUGGAUACAAUUGAGAGGUUUGGGUGAAUGUGGUAUCAGACGUGCACAACAAUUGGCCAUAUUGCGUUAUGCUCGCGGACCCUAUCAACCAGCAUCAGCGCCACCAACUUAUGAUGUUGGCAUACCACAGGGUGUGGUUAUGAAUCCUUUGGAUGCCCAAUGUAAUACCCAACGUAAUGAUGCCAUUUGUGUAAGUCAAUUGAAAAAUGCUUUGGAAAUUGAUCGUGGCAUUUUGGCGGAAAAACCCGAUGUAAAAAUCUUCUUGCCCUUCCGUUUCUAUUUGUAUAGACCCGAAGAGCUGUUCCAGCCUAACACCUAUAACAGAUUUUGGGUAAUCGCUCCCACUGGUGAUCAUGUUAUUUCAUUGAUCGAUGAAAUUUCUUAUUUAUCGGCUCCUGCACCCUUAACUUCUCAAUUCAAUGAUAUUAAUCCCGAACAGUUUUGUAACGGUGAUAAUAGACCAGCUGAUUGUGGUCCUAAUUGUAUGUGUACCCAUAAAAUCGAUAUACCCUUGAAUGCUGUUGUUGAAGUUGUUCUGGUAGAUGAAGUCCAACAACCCAACUUGUCACAUCCCUUCCAUUUGCACGGUUACGGUUUCAGUGUAGUGGGUAUUGGUCGUUCGCCCGAUACUAAUGUCAAGAAGAUUAACUUGAAACAUGCCUUGGAUUUGGAUAGACGUGGUCUCUUGCACAGACAAUACAAUUUGCCACCCACCAAAGAUACCAUUGCGGUGCCAAACAAUGGUUAUGUGGUACUAAGAUUUAGAGCUGAUAAUCCUGGUUUCUGGCUAUUCCAUUGUCAUUUCUUGUUCCAUAUUGUUAUUGGUAUGAAUUUGAUUUUGCAAGUGGGUACAAAUGCCGAUUUGCCACCAAUACCACCAGGUUUCCCCACAUGUGGUGAUCACACGCCUCCUAUACCUAUUAAUUAAAUACUUUAAUUAAACUAAUUAAAACUACCAAUUAAAACAAAAAAAAAAACUUAUAACAACACAAAAACUAAACUAAAUAACAACUAAUAGGUGUUAGAGAAAAUGAUUGACAACAAAUAAGAUUUUCCCUAAAACGAAAAAAGACAUUUGUUGCAGCAAUACCAUAUAACAAAUCGAAUCAUUUUCUAGAGAACACACAUGUACAAAGUUUUUAGAAGACAUAGACAACAAAUAAAAAUGUAUUAUAAAUAACUGAAAAAAAAAACUUGAACGAAAAAACUAGAAAAAUAUCUAAGCAGAAAUUUUAAAUAAGCUUUAAAGCUUGUUUAAGCUUUAAGCUUAGCGCCUAUUUAGGUGUAAAUAAUGAACAUACUCCACUGACUAUACAAUUAUGUAUUUGAAAUUAUUUUAUAACUAUUAUUAUUUGCGCUUAAGAAAUAUAUCGGAAGCCUUGUUUUACUCAACCAAGGCUUAAUAUAAAGCUUAAAUAUAAACAACUUUAGCUACUUGUAAAAAAAGCCAUUUAUAACAGAACACAAAGCUGUUUUUAUUUAAGCUUUAGCAGCCAUUUUUAAAAAGGUUUUUCUUAUAUAUUUUUAAAAAAAACUUUAAGGAAAUUAUUUAUAAUUAUUUCCCAGCGCAAUAGUCAUAAAACUAUGAAUUAUUUUUUAAACAUUUUUUAACUCGAGUACACUUUACCACAAAAUAUAGUUAAUUUUUAUUUUUUCAAAAAUAUUAAAAAAAAUUCUUUUGUUUGUAAAUUAAGAAAAUUUUCUUUACUUUUAUAAUAAUUUGUCCCUUUUCUAAUUUUUAUUUGUAUGUAUUAAUUGCAAAAUUUUCUUUUCCCAUUUUUUUCUCUCUGUGUAUAGUUUCUGUUAAGUAAUUUGUACUUGUAUGUAUUUUUUUUUUUUUUUUGCUCUUAGUGUAUAUUUUAUUAUUUAAAUUUUUAAAUACAGAACUGCAAUAGUUUAUGUUUAUUAAUAAUUAUUUUUUUUUUUUUUUUAAGUUUUUUACUUUUGUAAAAAAUGUUUAAAAAUAUUAUAACCCUUAAAAUACUCCUUCCUUUUUUGCCUAUUUUUCCUUAAAUUGUUUGUAUUAAUUUUCGUUUAAUUUUUGCACCGCUUAUUUAAAUGUUAAUUUUUUUUAUUAUUUUUUUAUGUUUCUUUUGAAAAAUGUUAAUAAUUUAAACAAAAAAAAAAAAAGAAAAAAUCAAAUGAGUUAAUUGUAUAAAGACAUGAAAAUAUUAAAUAUUAUUAUAUUUUUAUACGAAUAUUACUGCCGUUAAUAUUAAAUUUAAUUAUUUUUAAAAUAAAAUAAAAACAAAAUAAAUUAUAUUAAAAAAACAA